AUGCAAGUUGUGAAAGUGGAUCCUUCAAUCAAAGUGAAGGUAAUUGUUGCUCAAAUUCGGUCUUUACAUAACUACACAGUUAGUUAUAAAAAGGCCUGGAUAGGAAAGAAUAAAGCGAUCGAACAAAUUUAUGGCAACUGGGAAGAGUCUUACAAUCAACUCCCACAAUGGUUGUUGGUUAUGAAAACGUUUGCUCCAGGAACUAAAAUAGAAAUGGAAACCACCCCAGCUUAUCAUGAGAAUAGAACUAAAAUAGAAAUGGAAACCAUCCCAGCUUAUCAUGAGAAUAGUUUGAUAAAUGGGAUAAGGAUCUUUCAUAGACUAUUUUGGGCUUUCGUUCUGUGUAUAUCUGCGUUUAAAUUCUGCAAACCAAUGGUACAAGUUGAUGGGACUUGGUUGUACGGCAAGUACAAAGGAACUCUAUUGGUAGCAGUUGCACAAGAUGGGAAUGACAACGUAAUUCCUAUUGCUUAUGCUAUUGUGGAAGGUGAGACAAAAGAAGGUUGGAGUUUCUUUUUGAGAAAUUUGAGAAAAUUUGUCACUCCACAAGCCAACAUUUGUUUGAUUUCCGAUAGACAUGAAUCUAUUAAGAGUGCUUAUAAUAAUCCGAAUAAUGGGUGGCAAGAUCCUCCGUCAAAGCAUAUGUUCUGCGUCCGACAUAUUGCACAAAAUUUUACAAGGGAAUUUAAAGACAAUGCUUUGAAGAAAAAAGUUAUUUCUAUGGGUUACUCUAUCAACGAGCCUACAUAUCGAUACUACCGUAGAGAAAUCGGCAUGCUAAAUCCGGAUGCUUUGAAAUGGUUAGACAACAUACUUCGACAAGAUUGGAGUCAAGCAUUCGUUGGAGGUAGUCGUUGGGGUCGAUGA